AUGCGUAUACCUACACUCUCGACCCUCGGACUUCUUCUCAGCCUUCCCUUGGCUGCCGUUGCUCAAACACGAUGCCAAUCCGACAGCAUCACCACCGAUAAAGACAAAGAAUACAGCGUAGCAGUCAACUUUGACAGCGCCUCCAAGAAGUAUACAGCAACAGUGCCCCCCGGCGACAUGUCUCUCACCAUUCCAGCAUUGAGCAUUACCAACAAUGGCGGAUACAAGAGACUUUUCUGUCUUGCCAGCGAACCGGAAACGCCACGGGUCGUCAGUUGCUUCGCUCUCGAGCCAAAGUCGACUUGUGCCUUGCCCGAUUACUACGGCGUGCCAUACAGACUCGACACAUACCGUCGUUGA